GUUUAACGCGACCUCAGACACAACAUGGCGGACAAAAGAGCGGAUUUGGCUGCGAAAAAAGCUGCAGAGCUGGAUAGAGAACUUGACGAGUAUAUUGAAUCUCUUAAAAAGAAAGCAGAUGGAAAACUGCGGAAGCCUGAAGUCACGGAGGAAAAUUGGCAAGAGGUACAAUAAAGACAGCUUAUGAUCAAUCACGUGGCUAUGUUAUCGAUGUAAAGACGAAUGUGCAAUCUUUUAUAAGAUUUUAUAUUAUAGCGCAGUUUACUUUAAUCCUUGGUUCAAAUUGAAUUUUGUUUCUCUGUUUUAACUCAUUAUUAUCCAUUAUCUUGUCCAAAAAACAAAGAAAAGUAAAAUUCGAACCAAGAACGAAACUGACUCAAAACAUAUACAGACGAAAUUCGAAUCAUCCUCAGGCAUCCUUCUGAGGGACGUUAAAAAAUAGUUUAGUGGGACUUUCAGUAAGUGUCUUUGAUGGGAGUUUUCCAUUGGAAAAUGUUUGACUGUUUAUGUAGCCUGCAUUAUAGGUGUGAUCUAACCCAGGCUGUGGUUGUUCCAAUGUUGGAUUGUAUACCUGCCAACUCUCACGCCUGCGGGUUGAAAACUUCGAUCUCACCCCGGCUCACGCCGGCGGGCCAAUUUCUCACGCCUGAUUGAAAAAUGUGAGUUGUUGCCGUCCUGCUUGACACAAUUUCCAAAAAUAUGUUAACUCAGACCCAUGCAAGGAACGAAAACUAUGUGUAAAAUGAAUAAAUGGCAAUACCUUCCUCGCGAUCUCUGAUUUUUGAAGUGAAAAGCACCGGGAGUGAGCUCGCCUUUGGCAGACUUCGGCAGACUUCGGACGUCUUCGGAAGACUUCAGACUUCUUCGGGAAUCUUCGGAAAUGAUCGUGUCGUCUUCAAAAAUCCCAGCACUCCCAGGAUAAAAAUCUCACGCUUAUAUCUCAGAAAAAGUUGGUAGGUAUAGGAUUGCACCAUCCACUGGAUAAAACACUAUCCAAUGAAUAAGUGUUAUGGACACUACGGGUAGUUACAUUAUCCUCUAGAUAACCACAAUCACAAUGUCAAUCACAAAACCUUAUUUUACCUGAAAAUCAAUAAAUUACAAUUACAGACUAUCUGUAAAUAGUGAAGCUAAUCGAGGCAGGUAGUAUGGAGAUGUAUCACUUACACUUAUGAUUACAAUAUUAAAUUAAAUUAAAUUACAAUAUUAAUACAAGAUUAAUAUUAGCGUAUAUCCAUCUUUUGAACAACUAGGGCCAGGAUAUCAGUGCUGAUAUCCUUGUUCUGGUCCCCCAAUCAACUCAAUGAAUUACCGGAAGUGAGUCUCAAAUUUCCCUUCAACCUGAUUGGUAAAUUGCUUUUUUAAUGGGCCAGUCAUGGUGCGUACUUAAAUCCUGGUACACAGUUGGGGGCCUAGAAAAAAAGGUCUCGGUGCAGGCUUCAGAUAGACUUAACCAGAGGUUUAGUUUUGUCUCUGGCAGAAGCUACUGUUUAUCAAGCAAGACUUAUCAAGAGAAGUGUAAUACUGUACAUUUAAGGUACUUGUGAGUUUGGCACUGAAAUCUUUACAUCGCAAUGUUUUGUUUUUUUCUAUGGUAGGAGUUCGAGAAAGUACCCGCUUUUAUGACUAAAACUCCAACACAAGAAGAAAUUGACAGUAAUCCAGCCUUAGCAGCCCUUCAAGCUCUUAAAUAUGAGGAUGAUGAUCCAGUUGGUAUGUAAACCAAGCUCACUCAUUGUGUUACUUUCUAGUACAGCUUAUUAAGUUGUGGUAAUUUAUCUGAUAAGUACAAAUUAUGUAUGAUGAAAAAGGCUUAAGAGGGAAAUAAUAAUAAUUCUAGAAGUUUUAAACUGAUGUUUUUUUUUCUUUUUCAGCAAAAGCAGAGGCUUACAAAGAGGAUGGUAAUUAUGCCUACAAGAAUAAGAAAUUCCAUGAUGCUAUUGUAGCAUACACUGAGGGGAUAAAAGCUAAGUGUAACAAUGUUGAGUUGAAUGCCAUACUUUACACUAACAGAGCCACAGCACAGUGGUGCUUGGGUAAGUUAAGCUAUUGGUGAUCCAUAAUCUUAAUUCACCAAGUUUAUUUUAAAAUAAUAGAUACUCUAUGAAAGUUCUUAGUGUUUGAUAACCAGGUCCCAGAUUUAUGAAGGCAGUCUAAGCUAAGGUGUCUUGUAAGACAAGUAUUGUUUCUUCACAAUGGCCUAUCAUUAUAGGGCAAGACAUGAGGUACGUCUUUGCUUCGGACGGUUUUGUAAAUCUGGGGCCUGAAUAUUCAGUGGAUAACUAAGGUACCCUUACUCUCUUGUAUGUUCCUUUUGCAGGAAAUUAUCGCAGUGCAAUCAAUGAUGCAACAGUAGCCAGAAAGUUACAACCAACAUACAUGAAAGCAAUUUUAAGGGGUGAGUAAAAAAAGCGCAAACCAUUCUAUUGAAAUACUCUCUUUGUUUAGCAACCAGAGGUAAAAACAAUUAACUGAUAAUACACGGUAAUUCACUGUGAAUCUGAUGCUGAAACAUCUCUCACUUCAACCAAUAGUUUUUAUUCAGAGCAAAGAUUACAUGAUUAGGGUUCAUUUGAUAGAUCCAGUUUGUGAGUAGGAAACAUUAAGGUUGUGAGAAUUUGACUGAGGUUGUGGUAGACAAUCAUUUCAUAAUUUUUGUUCGUGAGAAAUAAUGAUUAUUAGAUGAUAGUAUUUUUAUGCUAUUCUGUAGGUGCAAGUGCUUGUGUAGAAGUUCAAAGAUAUGAUGAAGCAUUAAAGUGGUGUGAUGAUGGAUUAGCUGUAUCCUUGCAUUCAUAAACCUUAUCUUACAAAUUGUAAAAUUUUUAAAACAGCAAAUCCAGCUAAAUACUCAGAGGAGAGGUGGGUCUCUGAAGCUAAAUUGCUGUUGGUGAUGUCCUUUGAGCACUACACUGUUGCACCCUCCCCCUCUGUAGACAUAAAUACAACCCCAUCCCCCUUGGUUCAAUACCUUUGUGGCUUCAUACAUUCCUUACAGCUCUUAUUACUUUCAUUGGCACAGUAUUUUGGAAGCCCACUCACUCCUAUAAGAAGGCAUUGGGCCUAAUAAGCCAAAGUAUGUUAACCAUGCCUUUAGCAAACUUCAUCCCUUCCCCUCUCCCCACAGUUUCACUUGCCUACAUCUAUGCACACAUGUAUACAUCCCUCAGGUAAGUUCUUCUGUAGCUUGCCUUGUGAGAUGUACCUGAUACUUUCAUAAAGAGUGUGUUAACAGAAAUCAGGUUAUUUUAGGAAUUACCUAAGUUUUUUUGCCAUCACUAGAUGUUUCUUUAACCGAAAACAGAUUGAACCUGAAAACAAAAAACUUUUAGAUUUAAGAAACAAAUCAGUUGCUGAGCAAAAGAGGGUCCAAAGAGAUCAACGAAAAGCAAUGAUAAAAGAAAAGAAUGAGAAGUCUAAAGUAGAGGCAUUGUUAUCAGCUGUCAAGGUACAAAUUAAUGCAUUGCCAAUAGCAAGCUAUAUCAGUAGCAACCAUUGCCCGGUUACAGCUUAGUCAGAGAAGUGUCGGUCUGCUGAGUGGGAGGCAUUCUGGUUCAAACCCCAGCCUGACCAACACUCAGCGCCUUUAAAUAACUAAGGAGAAAGUACUGCCUUUGUAAUGACAUCUAUAACAAGCGGUUAGACUUUCCAGCCUUCUCGGAUAAGCGCGAUAAAACCGCAGGCAUCGUCUCACAAACCUUGCGUUUAUUUAUUCUGUGGGACGUUAAAGAACCCACACACUGUUCGUAAAGGGAAGGGGACAUUUUUUUUUUUACUUUUUUUUCACCUUGUUAUCGUAUUAACAACAACAACAACAGAAAUUUAUUCAUUAACAAAAAGAUAAAGGUUUACAAUAUUGGAUGUCCCGGAAAUAGCCAUUAAGCUAAUCUAGGCGUGACAAGACAAGAGCCUUUAAACACAUAAUACAAAAAUAAAAGAAAUGCAAUUACUUGACUCAUUUUACUAUAUAAAGCAGUUAUAGUCUAAGUAACGAAACGUGAUUUUAAGUUAGCAUGCGCCUAAAAGCAUGUCCGACUUCAUGCCUCGCCUCCAGACUGCGAUUCACAUUACAGACAUUAGGGAGAAUCAUUACUUAGCCAUUACUUCAUUACUUGAAACUGCACCAUAUACAGUCUGGAAAAGUUCCCCAACCAGAGUUUAAUCGAGUAAAUACGGUAUGAUUUUUUUUUCUGGUUUUCUUAGGAUCGAGGAGUUCAUCUGGAACACCAAGACGAUCUUACCAGGUCAAUAUCUGACGGUGGUUUGGAUGUUAAGGUUCAUCUGGGUACGGACGGAGUUCUCCACUGGCCUGUGUUGUUUGUUUACCCGGAAUUUAAUCAAACAGACUUAAUAUCUUCAUUUAACGAGAACGACAGGUAACUUGUCGUUAAGUCGUAAGAAAAGCCAAGCUUAAUUUCGUUAGCUCAAAACAGAAAAUUGCAAUCUUACUGAACAGCUGUUGUUCAUACCCUUAACAGUUUAAGUGAAAGAAGACUAUGAUUUUUUGUGUCUUCAAUGACAAGAGAAGAUAAGAGAAGUGAUACAUCAAAGACAGGGAGAACUGUUUUAUACGAUAUCCAAACAAAGAGAGGUGAUAUAUCAAACAUGAGAAGGAGUGUUUCAUGUGAUAUCCAAACAUCGAGAAGUUAUAUAUAUCAAUCACGAGGAGUGUUUUAUCUGAAAUCCAAACACCGAGAAGUAAUAUAUCAAACGCGAGAAAAAGUGUUUUAUCGGAUAUGCAAAGACCGAAAGGUCAUAAAUAAAACCCGAGAAAGUGUGUUUUAUCUGAUACCAAAUACCAAGAUGUCAUAUGUCAAACACGAGAAGGUGUUUUUCUCUUAUAUUCAAAAAACAAAUCCCUAGACUGGAAAAGAGCGAGGCGUAAGGAGUAUUUUAAACCUAUUUCGUCAGUGGUGACAAGUUGUCAGGUGAAAGAUUCUUUGCAGUGUACUAUAUCUCGUCUUAAAUUAAGGCCAAAGUUGGAAUAAUAUUUCUGUUAAUUACGCUCACUCAGUCCAAACCUUAAUCAAAGUGGUGAUUUCAAUUUCUUUGUUUUGUCUUGCUAGUCUGAGAAAUUUCUUUUACUGUUGCAUUUAGGAUCUCAGACCACUUACAUACUAUGUUUGAAGUUGAAUCGCCUCCAUGGGAUGUAGAAAAGAAAUACAAGCCAGAAAGUCUGGAAGUUUAUUUCGAAGACGCUUCUGGUGAAAAGCUGUGUUUGGUGAAGAAUAACAAAUGUCUUAAAGAUGUUCUCUCGGACUCAAGGUAUCUUGAAUAA